AGGCCAACGGAGUUUCUCCGCUCUCGAUGUCCCGCGUGUUUCGGUGGCAAUCGGCGGCUGAGCAAGCGAGAUCCAAACACCCCCGAUGCGCUUGUCUCAAUCGACGCGUGUUUCUCUCAGAAGCACAACAAGCAAACGCGUGAUCCGGUUUUCGAUCAUCCAGGCGGUAUCAUGUUAUCGGAGGAGACCCUGCGGGCGACUCGCGACCGCGUAGACAGCCUUCGCAGCGCGAGCUCUAGGGCAACGAAGCGUCGGCCAUUCGACCCGCAGUCUGCAGGCAUCAGCGUCCCUACGGAAGCCUUGCAGAACUGCGAAGAUAGCUUCAAGGCCGCACAAACCGCCAUCGCAAAAGCGAAUACCGGUGCUCACGACGUCACAGCGGCGAUGGCGCUUCUCUGC